GGAAGAGAGUUGAACCCGCAAAAUUCACCGGAGCGACGCCAUGGAUCCCUACCCUUCCUCCUCUCAAAUCGCGCAGAAGACCUGGGAACUCGAGAACGACAUCGUCUCCGUCGACACUCCGGCGACGUCGUCCAGCGCCGACGCAGCUUCCGAUGCCAUCUUCUACUACGACGAUGUGGCUCAGGCCAAGUUCCAGCAGGAGAAGCCCUGGGCUAACGAUCCUCACUACUUCCGCCGCGUGAAGAUCUCCGCUCUCGCCCUCCUGAAGAUGGUCGUCCACGCUCGAUCCGGUGGCACCAUCGAGGUCAUGGGGCUUAUGCAAGGGAAGACUGACGGCGACGCCAUUAUCGUUAUGGACGCCUUUGCUUUGCCUGUUGAAGGGACUGAGACUAGGGUUAAUGCACAGGCUGAUGCGUACGAGUAUAUGGUUGAUUAUUCCCAGACUAACAAGCAGGCUGGACGGCUAGAGAAUGUUGUUGGGUGGUAUCAUUCGCAUCCUGGUUAUGGAUGCUGGCUCUCCGGAAUUGAUGUGUCAACCCAGAUGCUAAAUCAGCAGUUUCAGGAGCCCUUUCUAGCAGUUGUUAUUGAUCCAACUAGGACGGUAUCAGCUGGGAAGGUUGAAAUCGGAGCCUUCAGGACAUACCCCGAGGGAUACAAACCUCCAGAUGACCCAGUUUCCGAAUACCAGACCAUUCCUCUUAACAAAAUUGAGGACUUUGGUGUACAUUGCAAGCAGUAUUAUUCUCUAGAUAUUACUUACUUCAAGUCAUCCCUCGAUAGCCACCUAUUGGAUCUUUUAUGGAACAAAUACUGGGUGAACACACUUUCUUCUUCACCUCUCUUGGGCAAUGGGGACUAUGUGGCUGGACAAAUUUCAGAUUUAGCUGAAAAGCUUGAGCAAGCAGAGAAUCAACUGGCUCACUCUCGUUUUGGAUCCUUGAUCGCACCUCCCCAGAGGAAGAAAGAGGUGAGGGCUCUUUUUUGUUGCUUUUGGAUCUUUAAGAGAUAUCUGUUGAACAUGAGGGCCUGUCACGAAUGCUUCUACUUCUUUAUUACAUGUAAAGUUUCCAUGUUUGAUUUGAAGAGUAAGUCAUGUGUGAUAAGUGACUGCCCCCUCUGUUACCCCUUGUGGUCAAACCUUUUUCUCGUUUAAAAUUUUAUUAUGGUGGACUAUCCUUGUGGCUGUUCAUUCAUAUGCCUCCUUGGAGUGUGCCUGAUUACUGAACAACCUCAUUUUGCGAGUUGCAGGAAGAAUCACAGCUUGCUAAAAUCACCCGAGACAGUGCUAAGAUUACCGUGGAACAGGUCCAUGGUCUAAUGUCACAGGUUAUCAAGGACAUUCUUUUCAAUUCAGUGCGACAAUCAAGUAGGUCUCGUGCAGAGCCAUCCGAGCCAGAGCCGGAGCCAAUGGUGGAGUCUUGAGUGUUUUUGUUGCGACAUUUUGUGUUACUUAUCAUUCAUGCUAGGGGAUGAGGAUAGCAAACAAAAGUAGCUUGAGUUUUCUCAACUUGUCCAGGCAGAUGUAAAUUCUUUUUGUCAGCUCCAUUCCUUCAUCAAUUUGCUUCUGUUGCAAACUUGCUGGAUCAUUGGAAAUGCUUAGUUAUGGUGAAUGAUCAGAGACUAUCGUGCCCCGGUCGAAAAUUGUUCUUAUGCCUACCGAUUGCUUGUCUGAAUACUUCUGCUGAUCUAUUGCUUAAGUUACAAGGGCUAAGUAUAUACUUAAAAACUACUUGGUGAUUAGAUGAUUGUAAGAUCAAUAAAGGGUAGAGCCGUUUAAAGUGUUUGUAGGCAAUUUGAUCAAUGAGGG